CGUAUUUUUGUAAUUUGUAAAAAAAAUUACAAAUAUUAGGGACAAUGGAGGACACGUGCCGAAUUUGCAUGGGAAAGCCGCAGGCCUUGGUUAAAAUAUUUGAUGGGACGCCUCCUCAAUCGGAAGCUCCCAUUGCAGAUAUGAUAUCUCAAUACACUGGCUUCUCCGUUUCUAAAGGGGAUUCCCUGCCAGAAACCAUCUGCUCCCCUUGCCUGCAGGAUGUACGAAGGGCGUAUCAGAGCCAGGAGAGCAGGGAGCACCAGAACCUUUUAAAGGAGGAAGUGGAUCCAACGCAGAUUGAAUUUUUUACCAUAACUGAAUUCAAAUGUGAGGACGACGAGGAGGAAAUCCAAGAUUUCCAUUCCGAAGUGCAAAACGAAGGCGUCGAAGAAGGUUUGAGGCAGGAUGUUGAUCCAUAUGAAAACUAUAACGACUUCCAAGUGAAAAAUGAGCCAGUUGAAGAAAACACUGUCGACGGAGGGGACUCCGAGGUGGGCCUUAUCGAAUGGCAAGUGAAAAGCGAAGAAGUUGAAUACGAUGAAGAGGACGAUGAUAACGAUAGGGAUUAUAUCGACGAGAGUGAAGUCCUUAGCAAAGAUGGGGAGCCACCCUUCAAGUGUACCCUCUGCUCGAAGUCCUUCUCAACUCAACGUAAGCUCAAGAAGCACAUCCUCUAUCACAACAGUAAAAAGACGUACCAGUGCACCCAAUGCCCGAAAUCCUUUCUCUCGCCAUCCAACCUGGAGAACCACGUUCGCACACACACCGGCGAAAGGCCGCAUAAGUGCUCCCAGUGCCCAAAGUCCUACGCCCAGCUAUCUGCUCUCAAUACACACUACCUGAGCCACACUGGGGAAAGGCCACACAAGUGCCCUCACUGCCCAAAGUCGUUCCUAACGUCACCUAGUCUCAAAGUGCACGUCCGAAGUCACACCGGCGAAAGGCCCUACCAGUGCACACUCUGCCCAAAGACUUUUCUGCGGCGAUCUUACCUGGACAACCAUUACAACGUCCACACUGAUGUGAUAAAAGCCAGUGAGAGCCUCGCGGGAUCGGAGGUCUUCAAGUGCACCCACUGCCCCAAGACUUUCCUAAAAGAAACCUGGCUCAAGAAGCACAUUCGAAAUUAUAGUAGCGAAAAGGCGCACAAGUGCUCGCUCUGCCCGAAAUCCUUUAUUUCCCGAAACAAUCUGGAAGACCACAUCCGUACGCACACCGGCGAGCGACCGUUUCAGUGUACCGAAUGUCCGAAAUCGUUUUCGAGUUCCAUUGGACUCAAGCGUCACGUCCUAACGCACUCUACGGAGAAGGCCCACCACUGUCCCCACUGCUCCAGGUCGUUUACUGUCAAGGAGAAUCUGACGAGGCAUCUUCGCUCGCACUCGCCGACCCUCAAGGGUCCCAGCACGGGCAGUGAGCCAGCUUUUGAAGAAGAGGAUAUACUCGGGAAGUAAAUUUGAAACUAAAUUAAUAUUCAAAAUACUCUACGAUAAGUAGGUUUAAGGGGUAAACAUCGCCCUCUUUUUUAGCAUAUUUUUCUCUACACUCUUUCUGAAGGAAUUCUUUUAUAUUA